GAGUUGAGAGCAAAUAAUAUAUUUGGGUCCUUUUGCAGUGUGCAGACCACCAUCAUGAACAAAGCCUUGUUGGUUAUGCUAUUUAUGGUUUUCUAUAAUGGUGCUUCUUCAAAUGGACUUGGUGCUAAUGUUACUACUGCAAGACCUGAAGUUGUCAACAUAGGCGCGAUUUUCACUUUCGAUUCUGUCAUUGGCAAAAUUGCAAAACUUGCAAUAGCCCUUGCAGUCGAAGAUGUCAAUUCUGAUCCAGAAAUUCUCAAUGGAACAAAGCUGACACUUAAAAUGCAGAAUACCAAAUCUAGUGACUUUCUGGGCAUCAUUGAGGCUUUGCAGUUCUUGGAGAAUGACACAGUGGCCAUAAUUGGCCCCCAAUUCUCAGCUACUGCUCAUGUAAUCUCACAUAUUGCAGAUGAACUAAAAGUCCCACUAUUAUCAUUUGCAGCAACAGACCCUACUCUGUCUCCAACUCAGUUCCCAUUCUUGGUUAGGACAACAAGAAGUGACCUCUUUCAGAUGACUGCAGUAGCAGACCUUGUUUUCUACUAUGAGUGGAGAGAUGUCAUAGCAAUAUAUGUGAAUGAUGAUUUCGGCAGAAAUGCCAUUGCUGCCUUAGGGGACAAGCUAGCCGAAAAACGGUGUAAAAUUUCAUACAAAGUGCCCCUGAACCCCAAAGCAACAAAAGAUGAAAUCACCAACGCACUCAUUAGUGUUUCUUCAAUGGAGUCCAGGAUUCUGAUCCUGCACAUUUAUACCAGUUGGGGUCUACAAGUGCUUACUGAAGCACGAAACCUCAUGAUGAUGGCUAGUGGAUAUGUCUGGAUUGCUACUGAUUGGUUCUCUACAAUAAUAGAUACAGAUCCUUCCCUGCCUUUUAUAUCAACAGAUGACAUUCAAGGGGUUCUUACAUUAAAAAUGUACACACCAGAAUCGGAGCUCAAAAAAAAAUUUAAAUCGCGGUGGAGCAACUUAACUAGUUCAAGAAGAGUGAAUGGCUCUUCUUUUGGGCUAAAUACGUAUGGUCUAUAUGCCUAUGAUUCUGUAAGGCAUCUUGCUGUUGCCCUUGAUUCAUUUUUUGCUCGUGGGGAAAAUAUUUCAUUUUCAAAUGACUCGAACUUAAACGAGUUAGGCGGAGGGAAGUUGAAUCUUGAUGCUUUGAACAUGUUCAAUGGUGGCAGCCAGCUACUCCAAAGCAUUUUAGAGGUUAACACAACUGGUUUAACUGGGCCAGUUAAGUUUAAUCCAGAUGGGAACUUGAUUAAACCUGCAUUUGAAGUCAUCAAUGUGAUUGGCACAGGGACUAGGACAAUUGGUUAUUGGUCCAACUCUUCUGGUUUCUUACUUGAUCCACCAGAAAAGCCUCAAAGGAAGCUGCAGUCUAAUGGCUCCAGCACCGGUACUGAACGACUAUACAGCGUCAUCUGGCCUGGACAAACAACUCAGAAGCCUCGUGGGUGGGUUUUCCCUGACAACGGAAGAAAGCUCAGGAUUGGUGUCCCAAAUCGAGUUAGCUAUCGUGAGUUUGUGGGCAUAAAAGGCACAGAAUUCACUGGCUAUUGCAUUGAGGUCUUUCAAGCUGCAUUGAAUGAGUUACCAUAUGGUGUCCCAUAUAAAUUUGUCCCUUUUGGGGAUGGUAAAAAGAACCCAGAAAACCAUGAACUUCUGCACAUGAUCCAAAUUGGUGAGUUUGAUGGUGUGGUUGGAGAUAUUACCAUCACCACUAGCAGAACAAAGAUGGUGGAUUUCACACAGCCAUAUAUUGAGUCUGGUUUAGUUGUGGUUGCACCAAUAAGGAAGUUGAACUCUAGUGCCUGGGCUUUUCUGAGACCUUUCACACCAAUGAUGUGGGGUGUCACAGGCAUUUUCUUCCUAGUUGUGGGAACAGUAGUUUGGAUUUUGGAGCGUAGGACAAACGAGGAUUUUCGGGGCCCUCCAAGAAAGCAAUUUGUCACAAUUAUUUGGUUUAGCUUUUCAACUCUGUUCUUUUCCCAGAAAGAAAAAACAGGCAGCACGCUCGGUCGCUUCGUGCUAAUCAUAUGGCUAUUUGUAGUUCUAAUACUCAACUCAAGCUACAUUGCAAGCCUGACGUCAAUCCUCACAGUGGAGCAGCUUUCUUCACCUGUUAAAGGGAUUGAAAGUCUAGCAACAGGCGGUGAUCCCAUUGGUUUCCUGAAGGGUUCAUUUGCCGAAAACUACUUGACCGAUGAGCUAAACAUACACAGGUCCAGACUUGUACCUCUCAACUCACCAGAAGAAUAUGAGAAAGCCUUGCAAGAUGGCCCCAGCGCAGGCGGUGUUGCUGCAGUGAUCGAUGAGCGUGCAUACAUGGAACUCUUCCUCUCUUCUCGAUGCGGAUAUAGCAUUGUAGGUCAAGAAUUCACCAAAAUGGGAUGGGGUUUUGUAAGUAUCAUAUCCUUCAAUCUCAUUGUACAAAAGUUCGUGACAUUUGGUUUUUGCAUUUUUUUUUUUCGGCAUAUAACUUUGAUAUCUUAUGUUGUCAUACUGUCAAUAUGAGCCUUGACAACAUAACAUG